UAUACCAAUAUUUGUUAUAGUUAAUAAAAUGAUGUUUUAAUUCUUUUAUUGUUACUUUUCUGUAUUUUAAAACCCACAGAUCUGACUUUAAAAGGUGUGCGCACUAUCAGUUGGAGACUUUGAAAGCAUCUGCAGAUUGAGUAUUUGGAAUCACAUCAAACAGUGUUAGUAUAUACUAUUACUUGAUAUACAAAUAUCCAAGGUCUGAACCUCAAAACACAAGCCAUUUACAUUUUGUARCAGCGAUCGCUAACCAAGAUGUCAGAAAUAAUUGAUUGUAUGGUAUUCAUUGUCCAGAAGACCUGUUGGACUUUUUGGAAAUUCGUCGAAUUUGUAGGUCUUAGAAUUUUAGAUCUCCUUGGACUGAUAUUCAAUGUGUUGGCAUGUGUCACAAUCAUACGCCUUCCAUGUAUGAUAAGACAAUUCCAAGAAAUGGAAUCGAUGGCGGAGUGGCGGUAUGUUGGUUUGGUACAGUGUCUGAUAUUUCUKAUGGACAUCCCAAUAAUAAUYAUGGGACUCAUAACGAUUGCACUAACACUAGGCCUCAUAAUUAUUCCAUUCACCAAGAAAGUCAAAAGGAAGAAAGUUAAGUGCGAUUAUACUCACAAAAAGGGCGGAAUUUACUUUGGUGGUUUCAAGCUGAGGAAGAUAGUYGUUAGUUAUUUUGUGCGAGUCAUUUGYGAUAUGUUCUGCAUUCCUCUUGGAUUCUUUUGCCUUUGUUCCUGGCGAUGUUGCGUCUUUCUUCGCAAAAUCAAGAAAGUGGAAAAAUGGGACAACUUUGAAUGGAGAAAAAUAUGUGUUGUUGAGUUCAUUCAUUUAUUGCUGGAUAUCCCAUGCGUUAUAUGUGGUAUUUUCCUGUUUUUCACUUGGCGUGGAUGGUGGCUUAUCUACUCUUUCAGGAAGUCAAAGAAAGAAGGCACAUUURAAUGGAAUAGCGACAGGUUUAUUGUUUUUCUUGAGCUUUUUUGUCUCGUUACUGAUGUGUUCUUUUUCGCGAUGGCUUUAAUUACCAUGGUGACUUGGCGUGGCCCUUUGAUGGUGUAUGAUUUGAUUAAUACAGAUGUUGAAGAUGUUGACGACGACGACGAUGAUUGCUCUGUCCACGCUAACCUUGAAUGGAUGAUCAAGUUCAAAAUACUGAARCAGUUGUGCUUGGUUUUUGUGGAUAUYCCYUGCAUCAUUUGUGCUUUCAUUGUUUUKAUAACCAUUUGGCGCUUCCCGCGAUUUGUKCGAAAAUGUACAAAAGACGAAUGGAAACUAAGAAAGAAUUGUCUGAAGCAAUUUGGAUUACUGGUGGUCGAYUUUGGAUUUCUUUUGCUCAACAUUAUCUGUGUCAUUGUGUCUUUAGUCGUGAUAGUGACUUUAUGGAGGGCGUAUCCUUUGGUAAAAGACUUGAAAAAGUAUUUCAAACAGCGAUCUGAAAUUGGUCAGGAGACGAAUGGUAACGAAGGGGGAAACGGUGAUGAGGAACACGAACAGAGAACAGCAACAGGGGAACAAGUGGACGRCAAUAGCCUUGAGCAGCGACGAAGGAAAAAGGCUCUGAUAAAGCUCAAAAAUAAGAACUCKUGGAAGAUGCGUAAAGCAGUAUUGAAGCAUUUUGGCUUCCUAUUUGUCGACUUUCCAGCKAUUGUUGCUUGUUUAGUUCUCUUGGUGACUUUUGUACGUUUACCAAAGCUGCUAGCAAGGCUUCUACAAGCGGGGGAUUUCUAUAUGGAGUUCGCUUUAAUUGCCUUUAUGCAGCUUGGCAAACUGGUAGUCGAUUUGGUGUUUUUGAUUUUGUUCAUAAUACUGAUGAUUUUGAGGCCAAUACAGUCUUGGGUUCAUCUCCUGGAAGAUGAAGAUCACCGCAAAAACCGCCUUCUACGAUUUUACAUGCAGUGGGUUCCCGACAUUGUUGGCAAACGACACCAAGUUUAUCGAGAAAUGGAAGAGGUUUUUUCUUCGAGUUUGAAGAACAAAUUCUCCCCUUCAAAUGUAAGAAUUGAGCUCUCUCUCAUCAAUGCGGAAUUCCURAGAGAUCUUCAGUGGAUCCGCGACAAGAUAAUCAAAUAYGAGCUUGAUGGUGAAUACAACCAUCUACUGCGAAUGAUACAGUUUUACGAAGGCAAGAGAGCCUACAAAAUGCAAAGRCUAUAUCAAUGUGAAUUGAACUACCUUCAUCGGGUUGACRUUGCUGUACACAAUGAGAACCUAACGAAAUACCGAAAUGAAAUGAUUCGCUUUGAAAGUCAAAUACACUCGGCAAUUCAAGAUUUGGAAAAAUUCACUGUCCAGAAAGUACCACUUUGGAGUGAGGAAUGUGGACUCRUGACACGUACGCGCCAGGAGACGCAGAAGGUUCUCAUAAAGUGCCUACCAAGCGGUCGCUUCCUGAUUUCCAUCCUAAUCCUCCUCAACUUAAUYCUGAUCUACCGCGCGCCUGCAUUGAUUCGUAAUCUUUAUCGCCGGUGGUAUGAUCGCAGAAAGAUUGUAUUUGCWUCCCUGAAAGAGUACAUGCGGGACUUCCUUACASUUUUGAUCAUUUUUCUAGUGAUYUUGACUGUCUACCGUGCGCCAUUCCUGUUAAUCGAGAUAUCGAAUGACAUUAUCUCAAAGAGAAGCUGGAAAGCAGUGCGGCAAACUGUCCGUCGCUAUCCUCCAAAGUUUGCUGAAGAUUUGGUGGACUUGGCUAUUCUUCUCUUCAGUUGGAAAACUGURCGUUUUAUCUUCACUGCAAUAGUGUUUGGRCUUCUUAUGCCUGCAGACCUUUUCCUAACUGUUAUGAAGUUUCUUUGUGGAAAUAUCUGCCUGGCUGGUUUCUGUACAGUAAUUGUGUACAUAAUUUUUUUCGGGUUUCCUUUCGCUCUCUCAUUUGGAGUCGCACCAUGGUUACUUACAAGUGGCAGUGGAUCCAGUAUCACAGCGGUCAUCGGAGUGCUUGGGAUAUUACUGAUCAUAUUCCUUGUUUUAGCAGCUUUCCUAACGUUCAAGCAUCGUGAAGACUCAUUUUCAAUAAGACCUAAAGCCUAUGAUUAUGUUCGAUUCAACUGGACCAAUUCACAUACAGUCCUUUUCGAAAUAGUUGAGUUUCUCCAGUUGCUGGCGCUUGUCUUCGUAGUCCCAGGUAUACCGAUGUAUGGUGGYUCAACACUAARCAAAGCCUCAAAUUAUUUACUCUUGAAUUUUGCAUCGUUUGAAUUUAAGUUYGGRAUGACUACAGCUCUYUUCGUAGCAUGGUUUUUCAUAUGCGGACUUCCUGUCAUUUUUGARCAAGUACUUGAAACCUUUCCAAAUGGRACUUUUGCUAAGCAAAUAUCAUGGGCUUUACUUGUAUCGCUUUUCACAAAUACRCUUUUUGUGACAAUGGUAGAGAGCUUUCUUGGAUUCGUUGCUUGUCAGUACAGUGGCGCAAACUGUGCAAUGCACACAAACAUUUCCAACCUGACUAACUGUCCUUCGGCUGUUCUUUACGAUGAUGUAAAGACAAUUUGCUGGGAAGGGUCACAUACUGGAAUUGCUACAUUUGGACUUCUUGCUCUCGUCUGGUACUCAACGACAGCGAUUAUUUUUGGUACUCGUUAUGGAGAUUCUAAUCAUCCAAGUCUUGACUUAAAGUUCUCACCUAUCUACAACACYAUAAUCAACUUUGUCAAAGCUGUGAUGGUUGGGGUGUCUGUACUCGCUGUUGCCAGACCCUUCGUUGUGUUCGCUCUUCUAAUAUGUCUUAAUCUUGCUGCACUGUUGUUCACAUUGUGCUUUAGGCGAGCAGUUGGUUUCAUGUUGUCCAAUUCGUAUGUGCUCAUUAUGUGGAGAAUUGUGUCCUUUCUGUGCUCAGUAAUAGCAGCAAUAUCAGCAAUCAUCGCAAAGAUGCUGGACGAUCCAAAUUCUGUAGUUCCGUUGUGCAUAUUUCUGGCGGGGAUAGGUGCCGUUAUAUUGAUUGCUGUGAUUGUUUCUAUUGUUCGUGUGGUCCGUCGUGCUUUAACACCAAUUGAACACAAGAGGAAGGAGUUCCGAACAUGUAUGAAGCAGUUAGAAGAAAGACUCUUUCGGGACAACCGCAUGGUCAACUCUUGGGAGAAGAACAGGAAACGGUGGAAGCGUUUGGUUUCUCAUGUGUACGAAGCACAAAAUGAUGAUGGAAAUGAUUCUAACAUGAGACAGCUUGACCUUCCUGAAGAAAUCUUGCCACCCCCUGCUCCUCCCGAUCCACGCAGCAACCCCAACAGGCUGUCAUUGGACAUGACUCGUGGAGGUCUUGGAAGGUCUUCAAUUUAUGAAAUUCCAAAUCUGCCGCCGCCACCUUCGUACCAAGAAUUGUUUCCAUAUAUAAUGACGCCAUUUGAUCAGUUGCCACCGCCACCUCCGUACAGUGAGAAUUCAGAACACCCAAGUGAAUCAGUGCUCAUUCCUAAUCCUAUAGAUCAGAGUAUUCCAGUUGAUUACGGUGAUAACACGAUUUCAGAUGYCAAUGACCACGCAGAUACCUGCGACAAAUCAUCUACAAGCAGYGGGAAAGAAGAAACUCCUCCAGCCGAAAUGAAUAUUGUAAAUGAGAAUGAGGAAUCUACAUCAGGGCUUGCUGGUAGAGGUAAUGAUGGUAGAGACAUCACUGAAGAAGAGCAACCCGAAGAAGUUCCUGAAACCGAAACGGAAGAAAACGAUUUCGAGAGUGACCAAAGUGAAAGUGUUAGCAUUCCAACAACUCCCCAAGAUGAUGAAAAAGCGGAGUGCAGUUUUGAAGAUGUAGUCCUUGAAUCUCCUCCUUCUGUCCCUCCAACAAUGGAAUCCCAGAAUGAGAAUUUCUCAGAAAGACACGGAAAUUUUGAUAGCCUCUUAUUUUUGGAAUCCCUCUUCCGUUCAGACGACAAAAGAAAACGAGAACCCGAUCCUGUGUUGGCCAUGGAAUGCAAUGGAAGGAAUUUACUUCUUGUUCUUGAAGAGCACAUUCAUUACUCUGCAUAUUCGUUUGCUUUUGUCUCGCAACUUCCAAUGUGGAGGCAUUCUGUGGAGCGCGCCAAUUGGACGCGGCUUUUGGAUUGCUUUCGAACACUGGAGAGUAAYYUGAAUGGGGCGUUUAAUUUUCCAUCACGUGUUGAUAUUGCUUGUGCMGAUUUAUGCGUGUCUUUGYUGGAACUUUCCCCCGAUAACGAUAAAGUCCCRGUGCCUACUUUUGUUCCAGAGCCCCGUGAUCCUGAWGAGAUUCGUGCCAUAUCAAAURCAGUAAGGUCCUCAUGUCUGCAAGAUAUUGCAACGGUAACAGACGAUGGUAACAAAUGGGUAAGUCUUCUGGAUAAAGUUCUUCCAACGAAGCCAGUAUUUAAAUCSUGGGCGUGGGAUGGUGUGAGCCGUGAAUUCACUAUUCACUUUCGUCGAAUAACCAGGGGAACAAUAACCGAUGUCGGYCCCAGUGGUGUUAAACUUGCCAAAGGAGCUGUCAUUUCUAUUCCUAAAGUCCUCAAAGGACAGUUUCUCCAAAAUGAGCUCCAGUUUUCCCAAGGAUUUGAGCCAAAAGGAAGUAAAGGGCCUGUUAGUGUGACUGUYGGCGAAAUCGGCAUUUUGCAACGRAAUGAAAAAUUGUAUAUAACUUCACAAGGAAAACGCUUGGCCUUUGAUAAAGCAAUGGAUUGUCUUUAUGAAGUCGAGUGGAAAUAGAUAAUAACUGAUUGUUUUCAUAACUGUAACAGAGCGGCGUCGUGCAUAUACUCGGUAUCUGUUUGUGAGUAUUUAACAGGGUAGGAACAAGGUAUAUAUUUUUUGGUAAUCGUGAUCCCUGGACGACAAACGACUAACCCUUGAUCCCCAGGUAAUUACAAUUUUMAUCUCAGACCCCAGAAACCCCCCCUGAAACAUUGUGAUUCCAAACCUGAAGUCACGGAUCCCGAUCGCAAAGAUAACUCAACAUACGUUGAGCUGUUCAUGUGCUAAAUUCAAACUAUUCGGUUCGGCGCGUCUCUGGCUCGACGUAUGAACCGGGCCUGAUAUUUCCAUGAGGCUAAAAAGAACCGUGAGAUAUAUGAGAUAUAUAUACCUUGUUACAACCCUGAUUUACGCGCCUUGCAUUAUUAUAAUUAGUAUAAGUAAAUCAUAUUGUAGUAUCAGUUUGAAGCCUUACUCGCCUGAAGGCUGCAGCAAGCAGUGCAGAUAACUGUCAAUUUACAUGGAAAAAGGGUUAAUAUCAAAAAUCAUAAACGCAAGAAAAAACAAUUGGAUAAAAAAAAAGCAAAAAAAAAA